UCUCAGCGCCUGCCUUCGCGAGGCGUCCGUCCGUUUGUCGGUUUCCUUCAGUCUGCUGCUGGAGAGGGCUCAUUGCUGGCGGGGACAGAGCCGGGCACCGAGGAGCGACAGGACCUGGAGGAAGAGGGAGAGCUAAAGCAACGAGGAAAGGAGGACCCCGGCAGGCGACAAGCAUGAAAUUCAGUCCAGCGCACUACUUGCUGCCUCUCCUGCCGGCUCUGGUCCUCAGCACCAGACAGGACUAUGAAGAACUAGAAAAGCAGCUGAAGCAGGUCUUUAAGGAGCGAAGCACCAUCCUCCAUCAGCUGACAAAGACAUCAAGAGAACUUGAUGGAAUUAAAGUCAACCUUCAGAAUUUGAAAAACGAUGAGAAAUCUGCAAAAACAGAUGUUCAGAAGCUUCUGGAAAUAGGUCAGAAACAAAGAGAACAAAUGAAGUCUCUCCAGGAGGCCCUGGAAAAUCAACUUAAAGAGACUACUGAGAAAGCAGAAAAACAACAGGCUACUAUUGCUUUUUUAAAGACUGAAAUGGAAAGAAAGAACAAAAUGAUCCGAGAUCUUCAGAAUGAGAAUAAAAGCUUGAAACACAAACUCUUGUCAGGAAACAAGCUAUGUGGCAUGCAUGCAGAAGAGUCAAAAAAAGUCCAAGCCCAGCUUAAGGAGCUUCGUUAUGGGAAGAAGGAUUUAUUAUUUAAGGCCCAACAGCUUACUGAUCUGGAACGAAAAUUAUCUGUGGCCAAAAAUGAGCUGGAAAAAGCAGCUCUUGACCGGGAGUCACAGCUGAAGGCAAUGAAAGAGACUGUACAACUCUGCCUCUCAACGGUUUUCCGUGAUCAGCCUCCUCCCCCUUUGAAUUUCUUCAAGCCAAAUCCAACUCAGAAGUCCAUUCCAUUCAAUCCAAUUCAAACUACAAUUGCAGAAACAAGGACAGAAAGCAAGAUUCUACAGCUCACUCCUGAAAACACUGAGAAAUCUCAAGUUGAGACUACAAAGGAAGAAAAUCAGAGUACCCCUGAGUGUGAUACCCAAACUCUUUUACAGGAGAGCACCACGUGCCCAACGAAGCAGGAAGAAAUGACCACAAGCAAUGACACUAAAGAAUCAGAACCUGUCCUACAGGAUGUGCCAGUGCCUCCUUGUAAUGAAUGUGAAGAAGAAAAAAAUCCAGAACAAUUGACCCCCACUGGUGGGAAGGCAACUAGAGAAAAAGUACUGUAAAUACCAAGAAACUGUGUUAAAAAACAUCCCUUUGCUAUUGUCUUCAUACUCUUUUUAGACCCCAAGCUUGAUGGAAAUACUAGGUUUUUAAAGCAUGCAACUUUUUCACAGUUUUAUGUAACUUUAUAAAGUAGUCUACCACUUUUCCAAAAGAUUCCAGGCCAAUUAUGAUCCUUAAGCAAUAACCUAAUUAAAAUGGAUAUCCACAGUCAUACAUAGUCAUUGUCAUCAAUAAAUUGCCCAGUAUAAACUGGUCUUUUUUGAACUCAAGUGCAGUAUAACAUUAAAUUCUCCUGGUUCAUUUGGGUAUCCAGUACUUCGAUGAUCUAGUUUUUGAAAUCAACUGAAGAAUGAUUAAAUGUUGUGAAUCCUCAGCAUUCUUAGAAUCCAAAUUGAAACCAUAUCAUGGAGAGUUUGUUUCACGCCGGUUAAAUGGGAGUUGCUUUGGUUGAGGUUGGAAUCUGUGCUGACCCAAAUAUAUUAUUUAUAUAAGGGCAUUCAUUGCUAUUCUCAUUAUUAUUAUUAUUCAGAACCAUGUUUAAAUAACAUCAAGGAAAACUGUCAGGGAUUUAGUCAGUAUAACAGAAUUCAUUAAAUAGGUUUUGUAUGAUGUAGACAAAAUAUCAAGGAUGAAUGACUAAAUUCCUGACAAAAUUUAUUAGAUUUUUUGGCAUUCUAUAGACACACCCCUAUGGCUGUCCACUGGAAUUACUCCAAAUUAGAAUUCAAGCUGUUUAAUACUCAGUGUGAUUUUUGAUAUGAAAUUGGGUAACAGAAUGCGGAAUGGAAAGAAGGUCUAAAAUACAAAAUGAAAGCAGAAAAUAUACAUUUUAAAAUGGGGAUUUGAUGAGAGUAAAACAGCCAGAAAUGAACCCCAAUUUGUAUAUUUUGAAAACAAAUGCAUAUUAUUAAAACAAAUCAAUGGCUGUGAGAUUUCUGAAUAAGAAUACCGCUGAUCAAAUAAAUUCAUUCUCAAAUACUGUGAACCUACCCUGCAAGCAGGAGGAAUUGACACUGAUUGAUGAGAUGGAUAUAGCAUUAAACUUGCAGGCUAAAAUCAGUGGCUUAAAUGAUGCAGUUAGAAUGGUCUGCCCCAAACAAUAUUCACUUCUGCUGGUUAGAUCUGUUUUGCAAAAAAAGCAUAUUAAACCCUUGGUCUUAUAGAAUGGAUGUGCCAGGCCACAAUUAUUACAUUUGGAACACAGUAUGCUGGCAGCCUGUGCUUUAUAUUUCACUAUAGUGAAACCUGUAAUCAGUAGAUGAACUUAAAUUCUGAGGUAGAACGGUACAACUUUGAUCACAUUGACAUAGUUGAAGAAAAUUAGUGAUCUGGAGAAAUGUCAAACUAUCAUUAAAAGUAAAAGUAAAACUCUGAUACUUUCAUGUAGCAGUUGUAAUUGCUGAGUAAUUCAGUGACAUUCAUGAGUAUUUUUCAUAUUACACGCCACCUAAGAAAGAAAGAACUAGUUUUACAGAUGAUUUAUAUAAUGUUUUCAGGUGAAAUAUCCAGGACAGGAGAAGAUUGCAGGGUCUGAAGUUCCUGCUGACACCUUCUCAGUUCUAGAAAUCAUUUAAUCUAUGAGAUGGAAUAUUGCUCGUUUCCCAAGUCCUAUUCCUUGUAAUUUCCCUACUGUGUCUAGAAACCCUUACCAUCUCUAAAGAUUUUUGAAAGGGAAGUAGAUAAUUUUAGUUUAAAUUUAGGUUUACUUUCCUACCACCACCCAUGGCUCUAACUUCCCUCCUAGAGUGUAUGAAUCCUAUGGAAAGUUAAUUAUCAUUUCACCUCAGCAAAGUAUGUUUUAAGGAAUCUUUGGAAAUAAUAAGGAAUCUUCAGGCUGAUGUCUGAAAUUUUUAUAGGUAACAAGAUAAUUUGGCUUGCUAUUAAUCAAAUUUGAACAGCUUCACAUGUAAAUUAUUUUUCUAUGCUCUAAAUUCCUAUUCUACUACAUGAAAUAUAAUCAGUUUGCUCCUCAAUUACUGGUGUGAUCAAAUGGGCUUUGAGUAUAAUGUAUCCAUUUUUUAUCUUUAACGAUAGAUAGCAUUAUGCAU